GGUCAUUUAGUUUUGUUAGUUUUGUCAUGUAGCGCGACUGUUGUGAGCAUUGUUUUUGUGACGUUGCUUUGUAUCGCGUGUUAUUGCGCCACGUUCUCCCCUGUGGUGAGAACAGUCCAGUCUUGUUUGUAGAAGUGUUUGCUGUCGUUAUAUUAAUGUUUAAUUGUGUGUAUAGGUGCUGCGGGCUGUGUCCGGAGAUCACGACUUGAUAUUCUUCUUGAUAUUUUACCUCUGCAGGUAAAGUUUUCUUAUUAUUUCUGACACUAUAAGUUUCUACCUGAAGGUGGUGCUGAUAUAUCUGGACCGUCUGACAUGUCCUCUCAAGUCCGACUGCUGCUGCUGCCUGGGAGCAGGUGUCUGUUCGACGAGGCCGUCCGGAUCAAGGUGUCUGGUCUGAGGCCCAGGCAGCUGGUGAACAUGGCAGCCCGGGUCACGGAUGAGAAGAGGGUUGUGUUCAGCUCCAGAGCCUGGUACAAAGCCAACGAUGACGGGGAGCUGGACCUGAACAGGGACAUCUCUCUGGGUGGCAGCUACGUGGGGGUCGAACCGAUGGGUCUGCUGUGGUCCAUGACACCUGACAAGCCCCACAAACGGCUGCAGAAGGUCAGGUCCCUGGACCCUCAUGUGGUGACCUUCUCAGUGCAGGAGGAAGGUGGAAGUACGCUGGCCGAGGUCCACAGCGAGAGAUCGUUGAUCGGACCGGGAGUCAGCCGGAAGCUCAUCGAACAGCAGAACACUCGAGGAGUCCUCUUCACUCCCCCAGGCGAGGGGCCCUUCCCGGCCGUUCUGGACCUGUACACCCUGGGAGGAGGGGUGUCGGAGAAAAGAGCGUCCCUGCUGGCCAGCCGGGGCUUUGUGGUUCUGGCAGUAGCGUUGUACAGAUACAGUGACAUGCCGGAGAACGUCCAGGAGAUUCACCUGGAUUGCUUUGAAGAGGCUAUAGACAUCCUGAGGAAACAAGACAAGGUGUGUCAGGGAGGUGUGGGGGUUAUCUCUCUGUCAAAGAGCGGUGAUCUUGCUCUCUCCAUCGCCUCGUACCUUCCUAGUGUGAAGGCCACGGUUUGGAUCAACGGCUGCUGCGCCAACACUUUGCUUCCUCUGUACUACAGGGGACAGCAGCUUCUCCCACCACUGAUGUACGACAUCAGCAAAAUAACACCCACAGAAUCAGGAGCUGUCAAUAUCAAGCAGGCCCUAUUCAGUCCACGGGCCCCACAGAACCAAGCCACCCUGAUCCCCAUUGAGAAGGCAGAGUCACAAUUCCUCUUCGUGGCUUCUGAGGCUGACCUGAACUGGGACAGCAGGGGCUUUGUGAGCCAGAUGGUGGAGAGACUGCAGCAUCAUGGGAAGAAGAAUUACGAAGUUCUGAGUUACUCAGGGGCGGGACAUUAUUUGGAGCCGCCUUACGGGCCCUACUGCCCCUCCAGCGUACACUCGCUGGUAAAAAAGCCGGUCCUCUGGGGGGGCGAGGCCAAGUGCCACGCAGCAGCUGAAGUCCAUCUUUGGGGGAAACUCCAGGAGUUCCUUAGAAGACAUCUUUGCCAGGAACCAAGCAACAAGACAUCCAAGUUAUGAAAGUGUCAGCUGGCUUCUAUAAUAAACUGAAAUAAAACUCCAA